AUGUAUAACACUGACCAUUACUUUGAUUUUGACUCUCCUCCCAAAUCAGUCGCUAAAUCUAAAAAAAAGAAACAGCAACAACAGCAAAUGUUCCUUUUACUCUUAUUAGCAGUUGGUGCCGCUUAUUACUUUAUGAUUUAUUUACCAGAAGAAGAAAAGAAAAAGAAAUUGGAACAACAGCAAGCAAAUACUAAUAAUAAAAUAGUAAAAGCAAAAACAAGUGCCUUAAUUGGACAAUAUCAAAAGUUGGCUAGUUUAUUUGCCGAUGGAGAUAGAAACCCAAAAUUUUAUUUUUCUCGAGCUGCCACUUAUAAAAUCUACUUCCCUCCUAGUUUAAGGGAAUAUUAUGAAAAAGGUCAAGAAUCAAAAGAUGACAGUUUUAGAAGCAAAUUAUCUAUGUUGGAAGAGGAAGAAAAACUAAUUUUAUCCGAUGAAAUUAAAGGAACCGGCAAAACUGCUACUAUGAAAAAUCUUUGUGUCAGAUCCAAUAAAUAUCCCUUGGUAGAAAUUAAAGGUUCUAACUUAACUCCAACUGAAUUAGACCAAUCAUCCGAGAUACUCCCCUUACAGAAAUUUGCUUAUACCAUUAAUGAAGCCAAUCAGAUAAGCAAUAAUUCAGCCUUUUUUCAACCAAAUCAAUUAAGAUUUUUAAAAGAUUACCAAGUAGAAAGAGCUACUUAUAGAAAAGGUCGAUUAAGUAAUCCUUUGGAUUUUAACUCGUUUAUUGAGAAUAACCCUAAUGCUCAAAUAGAAAUGGAAGAAGACGAAAAAGAUGAAGAUGGCAACCCAACCGGUGGUAAAGUGAAAAUAGAUAUUGAAAUAGCUGUAAAAAGAAGAAACAUUAUGUCUUAUGAUGGUAGUUUUGAAAGCAUUAAAAAAGAAACAGUAGAAAAGGUAUUAGAUACUCGUUUAACCGCAGUAGGCAUUUGUGUUGCCAGUGCUGGAGCAGCCACUCCUUUUGUAGCCGCUAGUGCGACUGCUGGCUACUUAGUGGGUAAUGCUGUCGAUAAAGAAGAAAUGGAACGAGAGAAAAUACUUUUGCAAAACCAACAAUAUAAGGAUGCUAAAAAUGAGUUAGAUACACAAAUAAAUACUAAUAAUCAAACUCAGAACCAAAUAAACGACAUUGUAGGAAAAAUAAAUGGCACUAUCCCAAGACAACCUAAUGAAACUGAUGAAUACUUAAAUACUCAGUUAGGUAUACUAACAAAUAAUCUCAGAAAGGGUGAAAGUAGAUUAGAUGGAUUAAGAGGAGAAUUAGAUAAAUUAAGAAAAAGUCUAGGAGGCAACAGCAAUUUAAUGAGUUUACUAGGAUUAGAUAAAUUAUCCUUUACUGAUAAGCAACAAUUACAGUCUGAAAUCAUGCAAUUAGAACAAAAUGCUACUAAUCCGGAAAACCAAUCAGAAUUAGAGUCUAAAAAAAAGCAAUUAAAAGAUUUAGAGGAUAAACAAAAAAAAAUAGAUCAGCAAUUAACUUUAACUAUUCAAAUUACUAUUUUGCAAAGAGAAAUAAACCAGUUAACUAAUAAACCUACUCGAACAGCAACAGAAGAAGCACUUUUAACUAGUAAAAAGAAAGAAUUGGAGGAGUUAUUGAGAAAACGGGGUAAUUCUAAUACUACUAAUAAUUCAGAUAAAGGAGAUAAAACUGCUCUAAUUAUUGGCUGUGGAGUAUUUUGCUUAUUUACUUUACUUUUAAUCUUUAUUCUUGCGAGGAAUCAUGAGGAAGAUUUAAGAAAAGAAUGUAAGAAGUAUUUAAAAAAGAAUGAUUAUGAUAGUGGGGAGGAUUUAAACGAUAGUGAUAUUGAGCAAUCAAGAGAAGAAUAUAGCGGCGAUGAGGAAAGAGAAGCCAAUUUGUCAGAGGUAUCGUAUAAUGAUCAUCUUUUAGAUGAAAGACAAGAAAAUAGAGAAGAUUUUAAUCACUCUCUCACUCCCGAAUUGCAACAAGAGUGGAAAUACCAUGGGUUUAACUACGAUGAGGUUAAAAUACUUCUUCCUAUGGGUCUAACCGCUAAUAAAGCUGGAUUUAUCCAACACAAGAAGAAGAAAAAUUAUGAAAAGAAUACAGAGAGGAAUUUGUCAAUUGAGGAGGCAUUCAUCCAUCUUUCAGCCCAGAAAUGGAAAAAGAAUGAGAAAAAGACUCCAAAAGACAUCAAGGAAAACAUUAUGAAACUAAAAAAAGAGUGUUUGAUAAGGAGUUCAACAAAGAAUCUUGAAGAGAUAUUCAUGCAGAAUUCAGAGUUUGCAGAUUAUCUAAGAAAAGAGAAUUAUACCCCACUUCUUUCACCUAAUGAUUUAGAAAAGUUAAAAAAAGAUUUCUAUAAUGCUCAGAAUUAUUUGGAUAGAACUUAUCCUUUAAAGGGGAGGAGUAAAAUUAAAGAAAUGAGUAUCAAUGGGAGAUUAACGGAUUCCUUAGUUAUUAGGAAUUGGACUAGUCUAGAAAAACUUAACGGACUAGAAAUUGAUAAUUGCCAAAAACUUAUUGAAAUUAAUUGUUCUGAUAAUCAACUUACUAACUUAGUAAUCAGUAACUGUCCGCUGGUUUCUAGACUUAAUGCCGAAAAAAAUAACCUUACUGACCUUAGUUUUCUCGACAAUCUUAAUCCAAAAGAAGUUACCUUUUUAGAUAUUUCUCAUAAUAGCUUGGCUCCACAAGACUUAAAAUUGGGAUCCUCUCCUGGCAUAUCAUCAUCACUCAGGAUAGAUGACACAAACUUAGAUUCUGACUUGGAAUACCUACCUCCAGAAAUAAAAAGGUUUGGUCCGAUGAAAGGAGGAAAACUUAACUGUCCGCAAAUUGAUAAAGAAUUAAAGAAUCAUCUUCACUCCAAUCCUGUUAGUUUUGAUGCCCACGCAGACAAACUAUUAGUGAUUAAAAACAGCAUCCAAGAAUUUUUUAACAAGUACCUUAAAGAGGCAAGUUUUUGGACUAUGGCAGUAGGAACUGGUUUAUCUAUUAGAUAUACUGAAGUAGGAACACCUAUUGCUUUGUUCGGUAUCUUUGGUGAACGUUUUAGUAGUCGCAUGAAAAAAUCCCUCUGUAGUCGUGAAAAAAAGUUGCAAGAAGAAUUAUCUGGAAAGCAUAUUGAUGAAUUUAUUAAGGUUAUAAAAGAUCUAGAAGAUAAUUACAAUCAAUUAAUAGGAAUCCAUUCAGACUUAUCUUUAGGUAUAAUCAGUGAAAAUCCUACUGAUUCCAAGAGAAUAAAUUGUUCCUAUCUAGCUUUUCGGGGAGCAAUGAUUGAAUUGCGAGAAAAGACUAAACUAUAUAGCAAAGAUGAAGAAAGAGCAGAACAGGCCGCAAAAGAAGAAAGAGCAAUUGAAUUUUUCCAAAAACUACAGAAAAUAGAUGAUUAUCGCCAAAAUACUCACAGAAAUGAAGUAGAAAGUGAAACAGUAAGUGUUAGAGAUUACAGUAGCACUUCUUCUCUUUUAGGUAACCAAGAAACUGAUGAACAAGAAAUCGAGAAUACAGAAUUAGAAAAUUUACAAAUUAAAGAGAAAACACAAAUUGAUCAGAUUCAAUUUAUUCCCCCACAAACAGAAUUCACUUUUACUACUCCUAUAAAAAGCAACUCUGAGGAGUUACAAGCCCAAGUCCAAAUUUCUAAAAAAAAUAAUUAA